UGGAAAUUACAAGUAAAAAGUACUCCUAACAUUAGACCCUGUAUCCACCAUGCUCAUUUGUCUUUGAGGAGAAGGGCAAUGGAGAAACAGUUGCAUAGGUUGUUUGUGUUGUCAAAUGUAUUUGUUUUUGUUGCAUCUCUUGUGUCCACAACUGAGAGUCAGAGCAAUGUCUCAGGUGUAGGAGACCCAGGAAUGCAAAGAGAUAGUCUAAGGGUAGCCUUUGAAGCUUGGAAUUUCUGCAAUGAAGUUGGCCAACAAGCUCCUCACAUGGGUAGCCCAAGAGCUGCUCAAUGUUUUGAUCUUUCAGAAGGUUCAUUGAUUCACAAGGUAACAGAAAAUGAUAACAAACUUGGUGUUGGGGAUUCAUUACCUGGUCUGAAACCAGAAUACAUCAACAACACAGACCUCUAUGCUGUUCAAAAGGAACUUUAUUUAGGUUCUUUAUGUGAAGUUGAAGACACUCCAAGGCCAUGGCAAUUUUGGAUGAUAAUGCUAAAAAAUGGAAAUUAUGACACUAGGUCUGGGUUAUGUCCUAAAGAUGGUCAAAAAGUACCUCCUUUUAGUCCAGGAAGGUUUCCUUGUUUCGGAACAGGGUGCAUGAACCAACCCAUUUUGUGUCAUCAAUGGACAAAGCUGAAAGGUGGAGUAAUGAGAGGAGGAUUUAAUGGCACUUAUGAUUUGGAUUAUGGUUGUGAUGCAGUUGAUAGUAAUGUCUCUUUUUAUGAGGUUGUUUGGGAGAAGAAAGUUAAUGUUGGAAGUUGGUUGUUUAAACAUAAGCUUAAGACUUCAAAUAAAUACCCUUGGUUGAUGCUUUACUUGAGAGCUGAUGCAACUAGUGGAUUCUCUGGUGGUUACCAUUAUAACACUAGGGGAAUGCUAAAAACUCUUCUAGAAUCACCAAAUUUUAAGGUGAAGUUAACCUUAGAUAUCAAGAAAGGUGGAGGAUCCAAGAGCCAAUUCUACCUUCUAGACAUGGGAAGUUGCUGGAAGAACAAUGGUGCACCUUGUGAUGGAGAUGUACUCACUGAUGUCACUAGAUACAGUGAAAUGAUCAUCAAUCCAGAAACUCCAGCUUGGUGUAGCCCUACAGGUUUAGGAAACUGUCCACCAUUUCAUAUCACUCCAGAUGACAAAAAAAUAUUCAGAAAUGACACUGCAAAUUUCCCUUAUUCAGCUUAUCACUAUUACUGUGCUCCAGGCAAUGCUCAACAUUUGGAGCAACCUGUUAGCACUUGUGAUCCUUAUAGUAAUCCUCAAGCACAAGAGAUAGUUCAGUUGUUGCCUCAUCCUAUUUGGGGUGAGUAUGGUUAUCCCACCAAAAAAGGUGAUGGUUGGGUUGGUGAUGCAAGGACUUGGGAACUUGAUGUUGGUGGCCUUUCAAGUAGGCUUUACUUUUAUCAGGAUCCGGGUACUACUCCUGCCAAAAGAAUAUGGACAUCUAUUGAUACUGGUACUGAGAUAUUUGUUAGUGACAAAGAUGAAGUGGCAGAGUGGACUCUAAGUGACUAUGAUGUUAUUCUAACACACCCAAGAAAUAGCUUGGUGACUCAAGUAGAAAGAAAAUAGGAUUGAUAAUAAAGAGUAAACUAAACUUUUGGGAUUAUUAGGUGAUCCAAAAAGUUCAGGUUUCUAAAUGCUCAUUGUCAAAAGAAAUCCUGAGGAAUAAAGUAUAAUAAAUUAUGAUAAUCAAGGUUAAUGAUUUCAACGAAUUUAUUUGAUUCAA